AUUCUGUAAAACCGAAAAAUUGAUCCGUUUACAUGAAUCAGAAUCCUUAACUGUUUGACUCGAUUCAAGUCGAGUGGAGCCCAACUUUUUCCCGUGUCUGGCUCGCCAAUUUCUGGAUUUCAUAUUUAGGGUUGCAUUUCUGGAGAUCGAAUUUUCCCUUGUUCCGUACCAAAUAGCCCAUCAAUAUUUGCCAAUCCAAGCCCCCAGUCUCUGUAUCCUUCGUGACGUUUUGAUCUGUCUGUUUUCUGCCCGUCAAAAUCUAUGCCUUUUUGAUACUACAGGUGGCAGUUGAAUUAGGGACCCUGUUGCUUCUGCCCCGGUGGUUUCAUACACCGAUUCUGGGGUGUUGGCUUGUUGAAGCUCUCUUGUGGGCCGUCAGCAUUUCCGAGUCCUGACACUGAAACGGUGUCGUAUAGGUUUGCAUUUGCAUUCCCGUUGCGGGCAUCAUGGCUGAUCUUCAAGUCAGUUCGCCGCGAAUGACCGGUGCCGUAAUUGCGGAGGAUCGCCUGUGCUCGUCCCCACCAUCGUCGCCGCUUCCGCCGUCAAACCCGGAUCCUUCGUCGGUUGGGGCGGAAGCUUGGUCGAGAGCCGAGAAAACGACCCGUGACAUAUUGUGCAGGAUACAGCCCACUUUGGGCGCCGACCAGAGAAGGAAGGAGGUCGUUGAUUAUGUACAGAGAUUGAUUAAAUUUGGUGUUGGGUGCGAGGUCUUCCCAUAUGGAUCGGUUCCAUUAAAAACAUAUCUUCCAGAUGGCGAUAUUGAUUUGACUGCACUUAGUGGUCAGAAUAUUGAGGAUGCAUUAGUAUCUGAUAUUCAUACCGUCCUAAGGGGGCAGGAAAUCAAUGAAGCUGCUGAAUAUGAAGUAAAGGAUGUUCGCUUCAUUGAUGCUGAGGUUAAGCUUGUCAAAUGCAUCGUGCAGAAUAUUGUGGUAGAUAUUUCUUUCAAUCAGUUGGGAGGACUCUGUACAUUAUGUUUUCUUGAAAAGGUUGAUCGUCUUGUUGGAAAGGAUCAUCUUUUCAAGCGUAGUAUUAUCUUGAUAAAAGCUUGGUGCUACUAUGAGAGUCGUAUCCUUGGUGCCCACCAUGGUCUGAUUUCAACAUAUGCUUUGGAAGCGCUAGUUCUUUAUAUUUUCCAUCAAUUUCAUUUAUCCCUAGAUGGUCCACUAGCAGUUCUAUAUAGAUUUUUGGAUUACUUCAGCAAAUUUGACUGGGACAAUUAUUGCGUUAGUUUGAGGGGGCCAGUUAAGAAGUCUUCACUGCCGGAUAUAGUAGCUGAGGCGCCAGAAAAUGGGAGUUCUCUACUUCUAACAGAAGAAUUUAUCAGAGAUUGCGUGGAAUCGUUUUCAGUUCCUUCUAGGGGGCUUGAGCAAAGCAUGCGUGCAUUUCCCCAGAAACACCUUAACAUCAUUGAUCCAUUAAAGGAAAACAACAACCUUGGGCGCAGUGUUAAUAGAGGUAACUUCUAUAGGAUACGCAGUGCCUUCAAGUAUGGAGCCCGUAAACUUGGCUGGAUUCUUAUGUUACCCAAGGAUAAAAUAGAAGAUGAGCUGAAUAAGUUCUUUGCAAACACUUUGGAUAGGCAUGGAAACACACAAUGGGAUGACAUCCUAUUGCCAAGUUUGGCUUAUGGUGCAAGAGCUUUUGACUUUUCAUCCUCCUCUGACUCUAGAUCUUUCCCAGAGGACAUGGCACUUCUCAAUUUGUCAGGUGGACUUAACAAAGAUACUAUGAUGGAAGGUCGACAUAACUCUGAAGUCAGAGAUGAAGUAGAGCGAAAUCUAGUAGAAGAUAUCUCCGCCCAUGCAGGGCCAUCAUACAAUUCCAGUCUAGAUAAAAAUGUAGUUUCAGGGUAUUUUCCUGUUGAAGAUUUUAAUAGUGUUGCUACUUCUGGAGUCUUGGGUAUGGUGAGUAAUGGUUCGUCAUAUUCAAAUGUGAGGACUCUCUUGAGUAAUUCAGGGUCAGGAAAGCAUUUAAUUCACUCCAAUCUUGGCUUGCUAAGAGAAAAUGGGAAUGUUGAAAAUGGGAUUUCUUGUACUGAAUCAGCUGUGAAUUCUUUUCUUGGUGAUGAGAAAGUGAAGCCUGGUAUGGUGAGCAGUUCAGUCUGUUCAACUAAUAAUGAGAAGAACGUUUCAUCAUAUGGUUCAGCAGUUUUGAAUAAUGCAGCUGAUAACUUAGAUGGUGUUUCCUCUUCUGAUGGUGAUAGAUGCGCUGAAAGUGUUUCUGGAGGCUCUGAAGCUUCGAAAGCUUUGUUGGACCUGACUGGAGAUUAUGACAGUAACAUUAGGAACCUACAAUAUGGUCAGCUUUGUCACGGUUUUGCUGCCCCUCCUCUUGUGGUGCCUAGUCCCCCCAUGUCUCCUAGGUUACCGAAUAGGAAUCUAUGGGAAACUGUUCGUCAGGGUUUACAGAUUAACCACAACAUUCAUCCUCAGGCAAACUCUAAUGGUAUUGUUGUGGGACCACAACUUUAUGUUGUAAAUCAACCUACUCUCCCCAUUGCCUCGUUUGGUCCUGAAGAGAAGAGAAAACCACGAGGAACUGGAGCAUACUUCCCCAAUAUGGUAUCUGUAGAAAGUUAUUUAGAUGCUUCCCGCCCAUACAAGGAUAGGGCAACACCUGGAAGGGGAAGGGGCCAAGUUCCUGGGGCUCAUGGACAACUGCAGAGACACACACGUAAAUAUGGUAUGGCUCCAGCUCUGCAAGAAGUGAACGUGUCUGUGGACGGUAUCUUUGAGCCUGCAUUAGAAGGGUAUCCACUUAUUGGCAAUAUUAGACCCAGGUUGUCUGAUACAUAUUUCUCUCAACCUUCCACACGGGGAUCUCAAUACGCUAACGGUUUCCUUCAUCCAUCUGAGAAACAUGAGGCUGACACUGUUAGCCCUCAGCUGCGGGGACCAUCAAGAACUGAUAUAAGCAGUCAUCCAGAACCUGGCAUUUCUAGUUCUGGAGGCUCUGUGCCUAGCUCAGGUGUCAUGGCAGAGGAGAGUCCUAAUUCAAUAGCUGGAGUCGAUCACAAAAGGAUUGAAGUGCAGGCCUAUCAUUUGAAGGAUGAAGAUGACUUCCCCCCACUUUCUCACUGACUGCUACUGAUGAAUGGGGAAUAUGUAGUAGCAUUAACAGUAAUGGUCAAUACAUGGAAACAACAAUUAUGCCUUUCAGCGGGUGUAGCUAAAGGAUGGCGAUUUUGUGAGAAUAAGAACAGUGUGCACUCAUCUGAAAAUGGAAGAUAGUUUCCCUCCACUCUGGGAAUACAUAGAACUGAGUAGUUCCAAAUAAGUAGAAAAAUGCUGAGAAUAACAGUAGACGCUAACGAACUAGGCUUUAGUUUUGAUGGAGAUGAGACAUCCGUUUUCCCUUGUUUUCUUGCUCCAGUUGGUUUAUUGUACAAAAGUGCGUGUAAAUACUGCUCCUCCCUCCUAAAUUUGCGAUUGUUGCCGUUAUUUAGAGAUGUAUAUAUCAGGCAAUGCUUCUGAAAUUUUGUGUUCCUAGUUCUGUUGUUUUUGUAAUACUGAAGAUGUUAGAUAUCUCAUGGGAAUGGAUACACAGGAUUCUGGCAGUUGCAGUUUAUAUACCUCUAGUUUUAAUCUGGACCUUUAGGUUUAGUACAGGAUUUCAUGCGUGACCUUGCUUGAUAUGAUCAGAUGUGGAGAAACAAUACUGGUUUCUACUCUUCAUAUACUUGUUCUCAAGUGGUGAAAUGCAAGACCUUUGCACCACCCCGGCUCGUAUUUGGCAUUGUUAUAUAUGCAGCCCGGUGAAUAAGCAUGGGCUGUGUGCGCAGUGAAAUCCAUUAGUGUUGAACUGUUGUGAAUUAAGUGAAUAUGUGCUAGGCUACAAGCUUUAUUUUAAAGUGAAGAACAGAUUAAAGAUCUUUGUGCAGUAUUCUAAAUCUUUUUCUCC